UGGCCAGUGACGUCUCCAAAUCGACCAAACCUGGCACUUUGAGGACUGGAGAGGGGACGAAGGGAAAUAUUAAUGACACGCCGGGAAUGAAGAAGUUCUUGGAGGAAUAACGCGGAGGAAUACGCGUCGGGUACAUAUGAUGUCCCCUUAUAGUUUCACUUUUACGCGUCACGGUUCUUGUCCUUUCUGCGUGCACUGACUGUUUGCAGCGGCGGCAACAGAGGCUGAAAACCGACAAAACUCCACAAGCAGCAGCUGAUCUUUUCCUCUGAUCAGCGCCUGAACCCAGGGACAGGAUUUCUCCCCCUCUACCACAGGACUUGUCUACACUAGAACAUGCAAUAGAAGAAACAGCUGCAUCAUCAUAUUCGUCACUGUCGACAUAUACAGUAGAUUCCCCCUGACAUGGCCUCCUCCCCCGGGCUGGAUGCUGACCCGUUACCACUGCUUCAGCUCCAGGAGGUGGACUCCAGCAAAGCCUCAGAGAGGCCGAGCUCCCCGGGACUCCUGUCCAGCGUGUACAGCCCUCCUCUGGGCAUGGACAGCCAUACCGUCUGCUGCAUCCCCUCUCCGUACACGGACAGUAGCCACGAGUACAACCACAGCCAUGGACCUCUGACCUUCUACAGCCCGUCUGUGCUGAGCUAUGCCAGGCCACCCAUCACUGAAAGCCCGUCAUCUAUGUGCCCCCCCCUUAGCCCAUCAGCCUUCUGGCCCUCCCACAGCCACACCAACAUGCCCUCACUGACUCUGCGCUGCCCUCAGCCUCUCGUCUACAAUGAGCCCAGCCCACAUGCACCCUGGCUGGAGCCCAAAACCAACAGCAUCAACACCAGCAGCUCCAUCAUCGGCUGUAACAAGCCACUGGGGAAGAGAUCAGAGGAAGGAGUGGAAGGCGUGAACUCCUCCUUGUGUUCAUCUGCAGUAGGGAAAGCCGAUAUGCACUUCUGCGCCGUGUGCCACGACUACGCCUCGGGGUACCACUACGGUGUGUGGUCCUGCGAGGGCUGCAAGGCUUUUUUCAAAAGGAGUAUCCAAGGACACAAUGACUACAUAUGCCCCGCCACAAAUCAAUGCACUAUCGACAAGAACCGACGUAAAAGCUGCCAGGCCUGCCGCUUACGUAAAUGCUAUGAAGUGGGCAUGAUGAAGUGUGGUAUAAGGCGCGAACGCUGCAGCUAUCGAGGAGCCCGACACCGCCGUGGUGGACUCCAGCCUCGGGACCCCACAGGCAGGGGUUUGGUCAGGAUGGGGCUGGGUUCUCGGGCCCAGCGCCAUCUCCACCUCGAGGCUCCUCUCGCCCCGCUCACCCCCCUCCCUCAGGCGAACCAUGUAUACCACUCAGCCAUGAGCCCAGAGGAGUUCAUCUCCCGCAUCAUGGAGGCGGAGCCUCCGGAGAUCUACCUCAUGGAGGACCUGAAGAAGCCUUUCACCGAGGCCAGCAUGAUGAUGUCCCUCACCAACCUGGCAGACAAGGAACUGGUCCUCAUGAUCAGCUGGGCUAAAAAGAUCCCUGGCUUUGUAGAGCUGAGUCUAGCUGACCAGAUCCACCUGCUGAAGUGCUGCUGGCUGGAAAUCCUGAUGUUGGGCCUGAUGUGGAGGUCGGUGGAUCAUCCUGGAAAACUCAUCUUCUCUCCAGACUUCAAACUCAACAGGGAGGAGGGACAGUGUGUUGAGGGCAUCAUGGAGAUUUUCGACAUGCUGCUGGCAGCCACCUCUCGGUUUCGUGAGCUGAAGCUUCAGAGGGAGGAGUACGUCUGUCUGAAGGCCAUGAUCCUCCUAAACUCCAAUCUGUGUACGAGCUCCCCUCAGACAGCAGAGGAGCUGGAGAGCAGGAACAAGCUGCUGCGUCUGCUGGACUCGGUGAUCGACGCUCUGGUCUGGGCCAUUUCUAAACUGGGCCUGUCGACCCAGCAGCAGACUCUGCGCCUCGGACAUCUCACCAUGCUGCUCUCCCACAUCCGCCACGUCAGUAACAAAGGCAUGGACCAUCUGUCCACCAUGAAGAGGAAGAAUGUGGUGCUGGUGUACGACCUCCUCCUGGAGAUGCUGGACGCCAACACGUCCAGCAGCAGCAGCAGUCAACCAUCGUCGUCACCGAGCUCCGACACUUACUCUGACCAGCACCAAUACCCCCACCCUCCGUCUCACCUGCAGCCUGGCUCACACCAGACCACCGCUGACCACACCACUGUGCCUCCACAUGGGCCUGCUGAAGCCAGCAAUGAUUACAACCACCUGGAGCAGUGGUCACUGGAUAAAGGGGAUGCAGGUCCAUCAGUGGAACCAACAGACUACAUCAUCCCUGAUCAAGUAGUCAUGGAAAAUGCCUUAGAUGGGUGACAGGACUGAGACAAACUGAGACUGAACCGUAAUGGCUUUCCAUCCCCCAAAGAUUGAGAAAAGGACACGAAAAAAGAAUUAAAAAAAAAAAAAAAACAGUGCUGUUGUGAGGUAAAGUUUUUUUUUUUUUUUCUCUUGAGAUGUUUUUAGUCUUUGAAAAGAAAUGUUUUUGAUCGAAUGUAUAUUUUGUGUGCGUAUAUAUUUCUUGUGAAUGUGCACUACAGUAGGUGUUCAUGAGAACAUCGCUGAACCUCUGCCACUCAGUUCGAGCUCUUUUUUGAUAUACAGUAUUUGUAUCUCUUUUUUCACCUUGGUGUAACAUGCAGAACAAACCAUCCGCAAUGACUUACAGAAAGGUGCAUGUGGUCAGCACAGUUAACAUCCAUUUCCAUAAGUGUUGUUAGUCAUAUAGCUAAAGAAAAAAAGGGCAGUGUUUUCUAUCACUGUGUUUUCCUCCUUCACUACUAUGGUGUACUUUGGUGUUUUAAUCGGUGCCUGUUUAUCCAGGAUUUUUCUACUCUCUUUGUACAAACUACAAGUGUCAGUGUCAGUGGAGUCAAGAAGCAGCAGUUUGUGGCCUUUUAACAAAAUGACUGUUAACCGAAGCUUUCUUCUCUGUUCAUCUGGUUAAACAAAGGCUGGAUUUACACAGAACGAUAUGUGGCACAGAUAUGUUCUUAGUUAACAUUGGUACCAGCAGAACUGAGUCAAAUUUAACUCCGUACACUUUAGUUGAUGACAUGAUAGCUCUAAAACUGACAGCCUAAGCGCUCAUGUAAAUAUAUUAACUUACUAACUGUAUAUUCCUAACAUGCAUUACUUGCUAAAUGUAUACAUUCUCCCCUACUAACUUCUCUAAGUAAGCCAUAUGUUAACAAUGUAACAAAUAUGCCUUACAUACAAAUGUUAGCAUGUUUUACAGAAUGAAAUUAUUUGUCACCAGCAAAACAGAAAAAAAGCAGUCAAAUUUAACCCUAAUGCUUGUUUACUGUAUGUACUGUAUACUUAAUAUAUAUGCUUAAAGUUAAAAACUAAUUAAUACUAAACUAAGUCUUGUCAGCCUCAGUUGUACUUUAACAGUAAUUGUAACAUGCUAAUGCCAGCAUAUUAUCAACCUAAACGUAACAUGUAAAGAUUAGUAUAUUAGCAUGCUAACCACGUUAGCAAUGUAACAAGCUAACCUAUUAGCAUGUUUCUCUGAAUUAAAUUACCAGCGAAAACGAAAAAUGCGUGACUACGCGUAUAAAUAUGCACUAUGUAUGCAUUUUAGCAGAAGUUCAUUUUUUACUCCGAAAACGCUAGUGGCCUUUGUUUUGUCACACAUUAUGUAUUCAUUUAGUAAUGACUGAAUUUCUUUUUCCCUUUGCUGUAACGUUACUUCUAGACUAAAGCCAACAUACCAACUGUUAGCAUAUUACCAUGCUAACAUACUUAUAUUAGCAUAUAAACAAUGUAACAAGCUAACUUUUCAACGUACUUGACAAGAGCAUAAGAAAAAAAAAACAGUACAAUUUAACAGAAUGCACAUUCAUGCGUACAUUAUGCGCAAUAAAUGUACGCUAAACAUGAAUAACAUGCUAAUUGUUUACAUGUUGACAUACAUUAGAAAGUUAGUACUGUAGAAGUCUAGCUACACUCAGUUAAAUUACUUGGCGCUGGCACAAGAGAAAAAAUUAGUCAUGUUUAAAUUACUGCACAUUAUACAUUAGAUAAAUGUAUAUACUUAAGUUCAUGACAUGAUACCUGUAAAACUAAUGAUUGAAUACUUUUUAGCUAUAGCUGUACUAACAUGCUAAUGUUACGAUGUUGAUAUGCUAACAUCAGUGUAUACAGUAGCUAAACAAGCUAACCUGCCAAAUUUAAUAAUUAAAUGUUAGCUUUUUUUCAAACUGUUGAAAUGCAAGUUUGUUUUUCUGCUAAAAAAGCAACAGUGGCCAAUUUAAACUGACAUCACACCUGGAGUAGGUGUUCACUUAAUCAUGCUGUACCUUAGUGCAGGUAGUGAAUAUUGCAAACUUUUUUUUUACAGAUAUAUUGAAUUCAAAGUAAUUAGGGAGAUAUACAGUAGAAUAUUUCUAGUAAACAUUACCUUUUUGUCACGCUGAUGAUCUAGGAAUUAAAGCAGAUUCUGUUGCUACUCUGUCAGCCUAAACAAAGGGAAACAAUUAUGAAUGCAUUUUUAUAUUUGUUUUGUUUAGGUUCAGGUUUGCUUAUUAAAAGUUUUGCUACCCUCAAACAUGAUGAAAUCGUUAGUGCAUAAAUUAAGCAACAUUCUCGCAUGAAUAACACAUGAAGAAAAAGCUGAAUAUGAGCAUCAGUCCAGAACUCACUCGUUUCGUUGUUCUUGGCUUUUCAGGCAUGAGGAACUGUUGGCUUGAAGUUUACAAAGCUUUGUUUUGAUCUGGCCAAGCAAACCGAAACAGUAAAUGCUUCAGAAUUUUGGAUCAGCUGCCCCAAACGCAUCAUUUAGGCUCUUUUUUGGAUGUCAGUCAUGAGCUGUGCCACUUCUCUGCCAAUGUAAAUUCAGCCUUAGUGCCAGAUUAUCCUACCACUGCUAAUAGACAGAUACAUGUUCACUAUCCUUUCUUUCCGUCUGUGGGUUGUACUUGCAUGCACGCACAUCUGAUGUGGAAAAUGUUUCUGUUGGGGGUUUGUGCACAACACACAUUCAAAUCUCAGAGCUUGUUGAAGUUUUUGCCUGUCAAACCUCUUAGCCAGGCUCUUUCUCGAACCCAGCGAUGCAGUAAACAUACAGCCGCAAAUCAUGGCAAACACGGUUUAUUGUCAAUCAAAAAUGACAAUCUAUACAUCCCAUAAAUAAGAGUUCACAAAAUAAAUCAAACUUUACACA